ACCUUGCCUACAAACGUCAACAAUUGAUACCCUAAUUUCAUUCUUGUGCUUUUGCAAAUUUUCCUGGAUGCUGAUACAUACAGGAGCAGCCAACAAUAUCUUGGUGCUUCCUGCUGCACCACCACAACACAAAGCCGUCCUUUCACACCAUCAUCAUACCGCAGAGCUGUCAAACCGUACCCCAAAGCUCAAAGGAGCUAAAGAGCGCCCAUCCAUCUAUCUCCGAUUCCAUCCUCCCCAACAGCACGAAAGUCCACCGCACUAUAUUAUCUCUAGGCGGCAAAAGCAGCAGCAGCUGCUCAUAUCCAAAUCAUUCAGUGGACACCCCUUCCAAGUUAUUCCCCAAGACCGGCCGAUCAGAUUCUCUGUUCCUUGAAUUCCUUGGAGGAUUCUUUCAUUCGCCUGCAAGUCAUCUUGGAAGACCAAGACCUUGGGCCGCAUUGCGCGGAGAAUUGGAAGAAAGCCUCGGUUUUCUGCUGUUUCUUUUGUUCAUUCUUUAGUGCAAAUAUGUUUCUUGAGUUCUUGUAGUGCCGGUACAUAAAGGCCAGGAAGGGCUUGGAAGAAAGGAAUGACUUGAGGUGAUAGUGUGUGUGACAGAGAGAGAGAGAGAGAGAGGGAUUGUGAAAGGCUGAGAGCUCUGCCUGUUCUUCCUCUGCCAUUGUUUUUUUCCCUUUUUGAGGACCGUUUAGGAGCUCUGUUUAGCUGUUGCUUGCCACCUUUUGGCGUCCGUUUCUGCCGAGAAGAGAAUUGAGCCAUUGACAAGCAGAAAUGCUCCUGUUCAAGAGAAAAAGACUGCUCCUUGUAUCUGCAGGCUGUGUGAUUCUCAUGCUUCUCACACCAACCCAUGGUGACUCACAUCCAGAGCAGAGCUACAAGAUGGCUCAGCCUUUGGAGCUCACACCCAAGCUCUCGGUGCAGCUCAAGCUCCAUGCCUUCCUGCUCUGGUCUUCAGUUGGCUUCCUGAUGCCGAUAGGGGUGCUGCUCAUCAGAGCUUCCAGCAAUGUCAAAAGCCCCAGAAACAUCAGGCUCCUCUUCUACUGCCACGUCGCUUCCCAGAUCGUCGCCGUCGCUCUCGCCACCGCCGGCGCGGUGCUGUCGAUAAGCAACUUCGAGAACGCCUUCAACAACACGCACCAGAGGAUCGGGCUGGCGCUGUACGGCUUCAUCUGGCUCCAGCCACUCGUCGGCUUCCUCCGGCCGGACAGGGGGGUGAGGACGCGGAGCGCGUGGUACCUGGCGCACUGGCUCCUGGGCCUCGGCGUCUGCGUCGUCGGCGUCGCCAACGUCUACAUCGGCCUGCACACGUACCAGGAGCGGACCGGCCGGAGCGCGCGGCCGUGGACACUGCUCCUCACCGUCGAGGUGGCGGCCAUGGUGUUCGUGUACCUCGUCCAGGACCGGUGGAGCUACGUGGUGCGGCAGCAGGAGGAGGACGCCGCCGCCCUCGGCGACGAGCGGAGCGAAGGGUCCACCAUGUACCCGGCGAACGAUCACAAGGAGGUCGUCGUGGUGCCGUAGUCGCCUUGCUGACUCGUGAGUCGUGACAGGUCCCCAGUCCGGAUUACACUAGUUUAGCCGACGAUCCGUCGAGCGGAUGGAUUGGAAAGAAUUCCAUGGAUGCCGUCUUUGGGAGCUCGCAUUUGGCAUUUCACAUUUGUACAGGUUAAUAGAAAGAGGUGAUGUGCUUGAAAGAAGAAGCUGAGUUGGGUCAUUUCUUGUUUUCAACUGAGUCAGAUUAGGGCCUCUCUGGCUCAAAACUCUGGAGACAUAUGAUAAGAAAAAAAUGUAGGAAUUGAACGCCCUAAUAUCUUGAAUCCUAUAUCCUAUAGA